AUGUAUUAACCAGGGUAGGCGUAUGUAGGACCGCUUCGCCUUACGAGAAACCAAAGCUAGGGGAAUGAGGUGAAGCCUGUGGAACUGAAGUACUGCAUUACCAGCUCAGACACCUAUGUUGAAUACAGUACUGUUUUUGACCUGAUUUGGUAUCUCACUAAUAGCUAUGCAAGCAAGCUGUCGAGGGCUGGCAGGUCUCCGACCAACUGCAAAACGGCGAUGCGAGCGGAGGAGCACACUAUUACCGUGUAGAGCGGCUUCAUGUUGUACUGCCACGGACGACGACCGGGUGUACAUGCGACGUGCUUUGGAGCUAGCAAAGAGGGCCCUGGGCAAAACGCAUCCGAACCCCGCAGUGGGAUGCGUUCUAGUGAAGGAUGACAAGGUGGUGGGUGAGGGCUUUCACCCCAAGGCCGGCUUGCCGCAUGCGGAGGUGUACGCCCUUCGUGCCGCAGGCAACCUGGCUGCGGGCGCCACCGCUUACGUGACGCUGGAGCCCUGCAACCACCACGGCCGCACACCGCCCUGCAGCCGGGCGCUGGUGGACGCGCGGGUGGCGCGGGUGGUGAUCGGAGUGGGCGACCCCAACCCGCUGGUGGCCUCCGAGGGUUUGGCCACGCUGGAGCGCGCCGGCAUCCAGGUGGUGCUCAUGGACGGAGCCGAGCGGCAGGCGUGCUACGACACCAACCGGGAGUUCAUGGCGCGCAUGGAGGCGGAGGCGGCAAGCAGGGGGAAGCCCGCUGCGGCAGCGGCUGCUGCCGAGGGAAAUGGAACUGGGGCAUAGUAGUGCUUAGUGGUGAGGUCUGCACACCGCGCCGUGUCGGCAUUUGGUGACCACGGGUGCUUCGAGGGUUUCAUGCUUGGGGUGAAUACCUAGGCUUGCCAUGGAUAGCGGUGUAAGCGUGUAACAUGUAGCUUUUGCUCAGGAUUUGCGUCAAUUUCAACCCCUGCUUCAUCCCCAUAUAGAGUAUAAACAUUCCCAGUUGCACUAGUUGGCAUUGUGCACUCACUUAUGCCACCCUGCUGUCACGCGGUACGGUCAACCGUCCGCCCAAAAUGGAAAGUGUGGCCAUCUGGCAAGCGAGGUAUGAUGCUGCUAAGUUGGAAUUGGCGCGAGUAAAGGACAAACGUGUAUACGUUGUGCCUGAAAACGACGGGAGUAUCGGAGUAUGCCCGACGCAUGAAGGCCGCGGACGACGUACGGCAAACACUUCAAGGUGCCGUGGUCCUUGCAAUUGACCAGGAGGCAACAAGUAAAACGAACAACUGCAAACAUGUGGUAUAUGGUCGUUUAUUUUGACGAGGGCAUCCAUGCGAACUAACGCAAGGAGCCCUGAAGAAUGCUUGUUUUUUGUUGUAUAAGAAGUAUGUUAAGCAGAGCAUGAACUAGUAUUGAUAUACACGGGCUUCUAUGGCCACAGCUGGAACUUGGAGGACCAAAUGUCGACUCCAGGCAUGACCACGCUCGCAGAUAGGGUGGAGCCGGUGCCGGAGGCUAUUCUUCCAAAUGCCCUAAGACAAAGCCCUGGCAGCGUGGGGCUGUUCAAAGAUGAGUUCAGAGCGGCACAGCGACUCCGCUCCUCGGAAAGCGUAUUCAUACCCGAGGUCCUCCGCACCACACACCCGCCAGACCUGCCACCCCAGGGUGUGGCUGCGGCGCCCGCCCCAACCUACGUGACGCCACAGUCAGCGCGGCCGCCCACGGCUAAGAAGCACCUUGGGCCUGGGGCCCUCAGCAGGCCCGUAUCCAGCAAGAAGGUCCAGAGCGUUAAGGACCGGGGUCCGGAGUUUGUGGAGGCGCUAAACACGCCGGGUCAGGACUGGCUGCUGACGCGGCAGACCCGCGCAACCAGUCCCACCCGACCACGGCAGCCGUCAGAGGUGCGCCCCACCUCGGCGCUGGAUGUGGGGCUGCAGGCCCGCGUGAUGACGGCGCAUGCAAUGGCUGGUUCAGCGGUGGUGGGGCUGGACGUGCCGCCCACCAUCAUCAGCGGCAGCACUGGCGGCGCCAAGCCGGGCCCCUCACCGGCCUCUCGCGCCUCCGCGGCAGUGGCUGCAGCGGUAGCUAUACACGCGGAGAGCGCGCUGGGCAGUACAGGCCUGGCAGCUGCUAACGGCGGUGCCGUCCCCAGGCUGCCCCGCAUCCCAUCCCCUGGCACAUACUCGGCUGACGCCGUACAAACCCAUGCCAGUGCUCUGCUGGCCGCUGCGGCCGCGGCAGCCAGCCGCAGCAGGGGCCGCCCGGUCAGCGCCGCGCCCAGUGACAUCACCGCCUUCAUCCAGGACGUCGCGGACGAUGACCGCUUCGCCAACGAAAGCGCAGCCCCCAGCCGGCCCAUUAGCGCCUAUCCCCCGCACCGCGGCUUCCAGGGUAACGGUAAAGCCGCAGCGCCCGCCGGUGGCCGGGGCCAUGUCGCCAACGGCCAGGCAGCCGGUGCUAAGGGCAGUGACGGUGCGGCGCUGCGUCCUUGGACGAGCAAGCGCGCUGGGUUUGUGGAUACCACAUCCGACAACGCGACAGCGGGCUGCGUGCAGCAUCUUCGCGCCGCCUCAGCUUCCCUGCGCAAAUACACGGUGCCGCACAACGCCUCUGCGCUCUCAGGCGCCUCCACAACAUACGCCCGCAAACCCCGCGCGCCGUACACAAAUGACGUCAACACCCCCACUCCCUCGGAGCGCAUUGCCAACAAUCUGUCGCCCCUGGCUCGGGGGCUGUCACCUCGCACGCUGGAGAUCCUGUCCCCUGGCGGCGUGUCGCCCACUGCGCUGGGCCCGCUUCCGCACCCCACGUGGCGCGAGGUGGACGAUGUGGAGGAGAGCGUGCCUGAGGCGGACGGGGUGCACACGGCGGCGCGGAAGCACAUGAGCUACAUGCCGCUGGAGCUGUUUGACAACCUGGAGUAUGACGCGCACACGCCUGCGGAGUGGGUGCAGCUGGGAGCAGCACAUGGGGGUACCCCCGCGGAGACGGUCAUUUACAACAUGGCGUCCGAUUCCAAUACCUGGAUUGAUUGUCGCGUGCUGUCCUGGGACGAGGCGGAGCGAGUAUACAUCGUUUCCUACAACAGCGCGGCCAACACCGGCUUGAAAACAAAGAAGGUCAAGCGACUGAACCUGCGCUUCAAGGAGGAGGACCCCGGCCUGUUCGAGCGGCGGCUCGCGGACGCGAAGGCGGCUCGCGAGGAGGCGGAGCAGGAGCUGCGGCUGUUCUUCUACAUUGACAGCUUGGCGCUGGUGGAGGUGCUGCACACCUACAACUACGCAGCCGCACUGCAGCGGGUGGCGACGCAGGUCCGCGGCCUCCACCCCGCCACCCUGGACCGCCUGGCUCCCGACCUGCUGGAGGACGCUGCCGACUACUUCGAGCGGGCGGUGAAGCGGGCGGUGCUGGACUACCGCAGGCUCGACCCGCUGGAGGAGGGCCGUCUGAAGGUUCUCCGCCUGCCGGAUCGGCGCGCCAGGCCGCCGGCGCCGCAGCACGGCCUGCUGCCGCUGGUGCCGCCGGGCUGCCGGGAGCUGGUGGUGGCGUUCGGCGACGUGCUGGCGUGGAGCCGCGCGCACAUGUUUAGUGCGCUUCCGGAGCUGCACCGCGCGCUGACCUCGCUGGCGGGCAUGGUGGCGUGCGUGGGCAAGCAGCUGCUGUGGUGCAUGGCGCCCAUGUCGGAGGAGUUCAAGCAAAUGCCGGGUAACGACUACGACAUUUCGGACGCCGGCGAGCUGCCCUUCCCGCUGCGCAAGUUCGAGGCGCUGCAGCACGCGCACCUGCGCCACGUGCUAAAGUUCGCGGAAAAGAAGAUGAUCGAGGCCAUCGGGCUGUGUCGCAGGGACGGGCCGCUGGCCAAGCUCCUCAACGACGGCAAACAAUACGAGGAGGAGGAGCCCAUCAGCGACGCACACCGCAGCUUCCUGCGGCGGCUGGGCCUGCAGGUGGCUGCGGAGAUGCACUCGCUGCUGCAGGCGUCGGCGGGCGCCUACGCGGACACGCUGGACACCUUUCAGAAGUACGAGCCCUCCAUCGCCACUGCGGGAGCUGCCUCGGUGCCGUACGGAGCCGUACGGGAGAUGUUUGCGGAGGGCGCCUUCCUCACGCUGCACCUGCUGCUGGAGUCGUAUGACCCGGAACCGCUGUCUGAGGACGAGCCGUCCGAGCAUGGGGAGGACGACGAGGACGCCGAUGAAGAGGCUGAGGCGGAGGCUGCGAAGAGGGCUCGUGACAGGCCGCCGCCUGACAUUCGUGUGGGCAGCUUCAAGAUCCUGCUGUCGCCGUCUGCGGAUGAGAUCAGGGAUGUGGUGGUGGGGCUGUUCGAGGACAUGGUGCGGGACGUGGGACAGAUCCCCAACAUCUUCACCUCCCCCCGGGCCGCCGACCGCGGCCUGGAGGAGUUCCACGACUUCGACAGCGACCAGCCGGGCUACGAGCUGGCGCUGCUGUGCAACCCCGACGCGCUGUCGCACGACCGCCAGGUCAGCCGGGCGCACCGGCGGGUGCGGGACGCGGUGGCGCAUGCCAUCGAGCGCGCGGAGGAGGUGGCGGUGCUGUUCGGUACGGCUGCGGAGGCGCUGGCGGUGGACAUCCCCUCCAUCCUGCGCCAGCUGGAGCCGCUGGCGACUCCGCUGGAGCAGUACCACAAGUGGAUCGGCGCGUUCCGGGCGGCAGCGCUGGCGGCUAGCGUCGCGGCGCCGACACAGGUGUACACGGGCAUGCUGCUUGUGGACACUCAGCCGCUGAAGCACGCACUGGCCGCCAAGGCUGCUGCGGGCGAGCAGGCGCUGCUGGACCAGCUGAGGAGCAAGACCAUGGACGUGGCGCGGCGUGUGAGCAGCCGCUGCGAGGAGCUGUCGCUGAAGGCAAUGGCGGUGGCCACCGGGGUGCGCAGCGUGCUGGACCUCAAGGCCCAACUGACAGCAACCGAGGCGGAGGUGUCGGACAUGAUGACCUGGCUGGCGGCGUCACGGGAGCGCGAUGCCGUACGGUUCGCGUACCGGCACCCCACGCCGGAUGACGACGUGGAGCUGGCGACCGCGUCGCAGGCCUGGCCGAAGCGCAUGUUCGAGACCCUGGAGCGCGGCUGGCUGAAGCUGCGUGAAGAGGACCGCGCCUUCCAGACCAAGCUCAAGGCCGCCCGCGACAAGCUGGCUCUGGACCUCACGGACGUGAGCCUGUCGGUGCAGUCCUUCAAGGAGAUCAGCACCUUCGAGGACAUGUCGGAGCUGGCGCACCAGGGCGAGUCGCUGCUGGUGCGCAUCCAGCAGCUGUCCGACACGGCCGCCAGCAUCAACGAGGACGAGGCGCUGCUGGGCUGGGAGGCUGCGGAGUGGCCUGCCAUCCGCGAGCUGCAGGUUGAGCUGGAGCCGUACGCCUCGCUGUACACCAUCACCAACGACUUCACGCUGCGGCGGGAGGACUGGCUGUUCGGGCCCGUGCGGGACCUCAACGCGGAGGAGGUGGAGAACAACGUGGGCGAGUGGUUCAAAAAGACUGCGCGGCUGAGCAAGAGCCUGCCGCGCCCCGAGCUGCGCGCGCUGGCGGAGAGCACCCGCUCCAAGCUGGAGGAGUUCAAGGAGUACGUGCCCAUCAUCAUGGCGGUCUGCAACCCAGGCAUGCGCGGGCGGCACUGGGAGCGGCUGUCUGCGGCGCUGGGCACGCGGGUGCACCCCGGGGCGGACGGCGAGCUCAACCUGCAGAAGCUGCUGACGGUGGGCAUCGCAUCGCACGCGGAGCUGCUGCAGGACCUGAGCGACGCGGCCUCCCGCGAGAUGGCUCUGGAGCGCUCGCUGGACCGCAUGGUGGCGGAGUGGACGGGCGUCAAGUUCGAGAUCGUGCCGUGGAAGAACACAGGUGGUUUCAUCCUGAAGGGCAGCUGCGUGGAGGAGGUGCAGAUGCUGCUGGACGACCACACCGUCAAGGCGCAGGCCAUGCUGAGCAGCCCCGCCGCAGCGCCCUUCCUGGAGCGCAUCGAGGACUGGGUCAAGAAGCUGGCCAGCAUGCAGGAUAUCAUCGACGCCUGGAUGCUUGCUCAGCAGAAGUGGAUGUACUUGGGCCCCGUGUACGGCAGCGAGGAGAUCGCAAAGCAAAUGCCCAAGGAGCGGUACGAGUUCCAGGCUGCCGACACGCGGUUCCGCUCCAUAAUGAAGGCGGUGACGCGCAACCCCGAGGUGCUCAUCUUCACCGACACGCAGGGGCUGCUGGGGGACCUGCAGAGCUGCAACACCUCCUUCAGCAUCAUCGAGCGCUCCCUGGCCGCCUACCUGGAGUCCAAGAAGCUGCUGUUCCCGCGCUUCUUCUUCCUCUCCAACGACGAGCUCAUCGAGAUCCUGAGCGAGGCCAAGGAGCCGCUGCACGUGCAGCCCUUUGCCAAGAAGAUCUUCGAGGCAGUCAGUGAGUUUGAGUUCAACGGCGACCAGGAGAUCACGGCGCUGAUCAGCAUCGAGGACGAGCGCAUCCCGCUGGACCGGCCGGUGGUGACGGACAGCGAACUGGCGCCGGGGGUGGAGUUCUGGCUGAUCAAGGUGGAAGAGCAGAUGCGGGCCAGCCUGGCCACUAUCACCAAGAAGUCCAUCAAGGCCUACGCCUCCACCCCGCGCGCCAAGUGGAUCCUGCAGUGGCCGGGUCAGGUGGUUCUGGCGGUUGCGCAGACCUACUGGACGAUGGGUGUGGUGGAUGCGCUGCUGGGCGGCGGGCUGUUCGGGCUGGUGCAGUACGGCGACCAGUGCGCGCGGGAGCUGAUGGAGGAGGUGAUGCUGGUGCGCGGGCAGCUGAAGCCGCUGGAGCGGGCCACCAUUGGGGCGCUGGUGGUGCUGGAUGUGCAUGCGCGCGAUGUGGUGGCGGAGAUGGUGGCGGAUAAGGUGGCCAGCGUGGACGACUUCAGCUGGCAGAGCCGGCUGCGCUACUACUGGGAGAGCAACACGCUGGCGGUGCGCAUGCUGAACGCGGAGUGCACCUACGGCUACGAGUACCUGGGCAACAGCUCGAGGCUGGUCAUCACUCCGCUCACCGACCGCUGCUACCGCACGCUGCUGGGGGCGCACCACCUCAACCUGGGGGGAGCUCCGGCGGGACCUGCGGGCACGGGCAAGACGGAGACCACCAAGGACCUCGCCAAGGCAGUGGCCAUCCAGUGUGUGGUGUUCAACUGCUCGGACGGGCUGGAUUACCUUGCGAUGGGCCGCUUCUUCAAGGGCCUGGCUGCCAGUGGCGCCUGGGCCUGCUUCGACGAGUUCAACCGCAUCGAGCUGGAGGUGCUGUCGGUGGUGGCGCAGCAGGUGCUCACCAUCCAGCGUGCCAAGGCCGCCGGCAAGAAGCGGUUCCUGUUCGAGGGCACGGACAUGGCGCUAGUGCCCACAUGCAACGUGUUCAUCACCAUGAACCCCGGAUACGCUGGCCGCUCCGAGCUGCCAGACAACUUGAAGGCGCUGUUCCGCGACGUGGCCAUGAUGGUUCCCGACUACGCGCUCAUCUCCGAGAUCAUCCUCUACAGCUACGGCUACCUGGACGCGCGCGCCAUGGCGCAGAAGCUGGUGCAGACCUACCGCCUGUGCUCCGAGCAGCUGUCCAGGCAGGACCACUACGACUAUGGCAUGCGCGCCGUGAUGGCAGUGCUGCGCGCCGCCGGCAACCUGAAGCGCCGCUUUUCCGACCCGCGCACCGCCAGCGAUGCGUACAGCGAGCCGGUGCUAAUGCUGCGCGCCAUCACGGAGGUGAAUCUGCCCAAGUUCCUGGACGAGGACGUGCCGCUGUUCAGGGGCAUCCUGUCCGACCUGUUCCCGGGUAUCUCGCUACCCCAAGUGGACUACAAUGAGCUCACGGCGGCGCUCAAGGCCAACGCCACGGCCAUGAACCUGCAGCCGCUGCCCUCCUUUAUCGAAAAGUGCAUCCAGCUGUUUGAGAUGAUUGUCGUACGGCACGGCCUCAUGCUGGUCGGCCGCUCCUUCAGCAUGAAGACCGUGGCCAUACGCGUGCUGGCGGCGGCCCUGGGCGACAUGUGCGCAGCAGGCCAAGGCGAGCGCAAGGUGAAGACGUUCACCAUCAACCCCAAGGCGGUCACCAUGGGCCAGCUGUACGGCCAGGACGACCCGCUGUCCAAGGAGUGGACGGAUGGCGUGCUGGCGGUGGCGUUCAGGAGCGCUGCUCGGGACACCUCGCCAGACCGCAAGUGGGUCAUCCUGGACGGCCCGGUGGACGCCAUCUGGAUUGAGAACAUGAACACGGUGCUGGACGACAACAAGAAGCUGUGCCUCAACAGCGGCGAGAUCAUUGCCAUGCAGGGCCUGAUGAACAUGAUCUUCGAGGUCCAGGACCUGGCGGUGGCCUCCCCCGCCACCGUGUCCCGCUGCGGCAUGGUGUACAUGCAGCCCUCGCUGCUGGGCUGGCGACCCAUUGUGGACUCCUGGAUGAACACGCUGCCCGAGUGCGUGGACCAGGAAAUCAAGGACUACCUGCUGCGGCUGCUGGCCUGGCUGGUCCCUCCCUGCCUGCGCCUGGUCAUCAAGGACUGCACCCAGCCGGUGCCCUGCCAGGACCUCAACCUAGUCACCAGCCUCACGCGGCUGCUGCAGGCGCUCAUGCUGCCCUACCUGCAGCCGCCAGCACCAGCCGCCGCCCCGCGGCCCGGUGUGCCUCCAUCGCCCCUGACCCCGCCCGUGGUUCCGCCAACCGCCGACCCGGCUGCCCAGCUGGCCACCAUCGAGUGCUUCUUUGUGUUUGCGUUGGUGUGGAGCCUGGGCGCCACGCUGGAUGCUGCCGGCCGGGCAUCCUUCAGCGACCACCUGCGCAAGUUCCUGCGGGGCGAUUACGGGCAGUACGGCAUGUACGUGAUGUCGGAGCCGUGCUACCUGCGGAAGUUCAUGCCGGCGGAGGGCAGCGUGUACGACUGGGUGUACGACACUACGUACGAAUCAUGGCGAGGCUGGAUGGAGCUGGGCAAGGCUCAGAGCAUCAGCCCCGAUGCCGACUACAGCACCAUCAUCGUGACCACCGCCGACGUGGUGCGCUACAGCCACCUGCUGGCGCUGCAGGUGGCCAACCACGUGCCGCUGCUGCUAGCGGGGCCCACCGGAACCGGCAAGUCCGUGUACAUCAAGUCAUUCCUGGCGGACAAGCUGGACCGAGCCAAGUGGACGCACAUGGUGUUCAACUUCUCGGCGCAAACCAGCGCCAACAUGACACAGGACAUCAUCGAUGGCAAGCUGGACAAGCGGCGCAAGGGCGUGUACGGCCCGCCGCUGGGCAAGCGCUGCGCCGUGUUCGUGGAUGACCUCAACAUGCCGCAGCUGGACCGCUACGGCGCGCAGCCGCCCAUCGAGCUGCUGCGGCAGGUCAUGGACCACGGGGGCUGGUACGACAGGCACGACAACAGUUUCCGCAAGCUGGUGGACCUGCAGUUCCUGGCCGCCAUGGGCCCCCCGGGCGGCGGCAGGAACCCCGUCACCAACCGCUACCUGCGCCACUUCCACGUCAUCUACGCCACCGAGUUCGACGCCGCCUCGCUCACUCAGAUCUUCAGCGCGCUCACGGACUGGUGGUUCACCCGCUGCAAGUACACGGACGACGUGGUGGCGCUGCGAGCCAAGCUGGUGGCUGCCAGCCUGGCACUGCACGCCAGCGUGUCGGCCAACCUGCUGCCCACACCCGCCAAGACGCACUACAUAUUCAACCUGCGCGACCUGUCCAAGAUGUUCCAGGGCAUGUCCUUUGUGGGCGAGGCGCUGGACAACGAGCCGGAGCGGCUGCAGCGGCUGUGGGUGCACGAGGCGCUGCGGGUGUACCACGACCGCCUGGUGGACGACGCGGACAGGGAGUGGAUCGCUAACCAGAUCCGCACGCAGGUGGAGAAGCACUUCAGUACACGCUUCGACAAGCUGCUGUCGCGGCUGGCUGGCGAGGGCGGGGACGGCAGCCGGGCGGCGCGUGUGGGCGCUGCCAGCCUGCGGCGGCUCAUGUUCGCGGACUUCCUGACCCCCGGCGCCGAGCCGCGGCGCUACGAGGAGGUGACGGACUUUGAGCGGCUGACGGCCGUGGUGGGCGUGUACCUGGGGGACCUCAAUGCGGGCAACAAGAAGCCGCUGAGCAUGGUGCUGUUCCAGUACUGCCUGGAGCACGUGUGCCGGGUGGCUCGCACCAUCCGCCAGGCGGGCGGGCACGCGCUGCUGGUGGGCGUGGGCGGCAGCGGGCGGCAGAGCGUCACGCAGCUGGCCAGCUUCAUCGAGGACUUCCAGCUGUACUCCAUCGAGGUGAGCAGCUCGUACGGCAUGUCCAACUGGCACGACGACCUGAAGGCCGCCAUGCGCACCGCCGGCGAGAAGCACAAGGACGCGGUGUUCAUGUUCAGCGACAGCCAGAUCCUGGACGAAACCAUGGUUGAGGAGCUGAGCAGCCUGCUCAACACCGGCGAGAUUCCCAACCUGUUCGACGCCGGGGAGCUGGCGACCAUAGGCGAGAACAUCCGGCCCCGCGCGCGAGCCGUCCGCAUGGAUGGCAGCAAGGCCGACCUCUACAACUUCUUCGUGCAACAGGUUCGCCAGCACCUGCGUGUGGUGCUGUGCUUCAGCCCCGUGGGCGACGCCUUCCGCGACCGCCUGCGCCGCUUCCCCUCGCUCAUCACCUGCACCACCAUCGACUGGUUCACGGUGUGGCCCAACGACGCGCUGGCCUCCGUGGCGCAGCAGGCGCUGGGCGAGCUGGCGCUGGACGGCAAGCUGCGGCACCAGCUGGCGGAGCAGUGCGUGCACUUCCACCUCACCGCGCGGGCGCUCACCGACAGGUACCUGCGUGAGGCCCGGCGGCGCUUCUACGUGACGCCCACCAGCUACCUGCAGCUGCUGGACUGCUUCAAGAACCUGCUGCGCCGGCAGCAGCAGGCGGUCAGUGCGCAGCGGCGGCGCUACGAAGUGGGGCUGCAGAAGCUGGCGUCCACGGAGGAACAGGUGCUAACGAUGCGCAAGGAGCUGGAGGAGAAGCAGCCGCGCCUGAUCAGCAGCGGGCGGGAGACGGCGGAGCUGAUUGCGCUUGUGGAGGCGCAGACGGCGGAGGCAGACAAGGUCAAGACGCUGGUGGAGGCUGAGGAGGCCAAGGCCAAGGAGGAGGCGGACAAGGUGGGGCGCAUCAAGAAGGAGUGCGAGCACGACCUGGCCCAGGCCAUGCCGGCCUACAAUGCCGCGAUCAAGGCGCUGAACACGCUGACCAAGAACGACAUCAGCGAGGUGAAGGGCAUGAAGGCGCCGCCCAUGCCGGUGCGGCUGGUGAUGCAGGCGGUGUGCAUGCUGAAGGGGCUGCAGCCCACCAAGGUGAAGGACACCAACACCGGCAAGUUCGUGAUGGACUGGUGGGAGUCGUCCAAGCGCAUGCUCAGCGACAUGGGCUUCCUGGACAGCCUGGUGACGUUCGACAAGGACAACAUCCCCGCCGAGGUGAUCCAGGCGCUGCAGCCGCUGCUGUCGCACCCCGACUUCCAGCCCGCCAAGAUCAAGAAGGUGUCGCAGGCGGCGUUCGGGCUGUGCAGCUGGGUGCGCGCCAUGGACACCUACAACCGGGUGGCCAAGGUGGUGGCGCCCAAGCGGCAGGCGCUGCAGGAAGCUGAGGAGCAGCUGGCAGCCGUGAUGGCGGACCUGGCGUCCAAGCAGGCGGAGCUGCAGGCGGUGGCGGAGCGGCUGGCGGGGCUGCAGGCGCAGCUGGACGCGGCCAAGCGGCGCAAGGCGGAGCUGCAGGCCGACGUGGCGCUGUGCGAGGAGAAGCUGGACCGAGCCACCAAGCUGAUGGCGGGGCUGGGCGGCGAGAAGCUGAGGUGGAGCCAGAAGGUGGAGCAGCUGGGGAAGCAGUACGUGCGGCUCAUUGGCGACAUGCUGCUGUCCGCCGGCGUGGUCGCCUACCUGGGCGCCUUCAGCUCCGAGUACCGCGCGCAGGCGGUGGGCGGCUGGCUGGCGCAGUGCGCCUCGCGCGCCAUCCCCUGCUCCGAGCACUACUCGCUGCUGGGCGCGCUGGGCAACCCGGUGGACAUGCGGCAGUGGGCCAUCUGGGGGCUGCCCAAGGACGACGUGAGCGCGGCCAACGGCAUCAUCGUCACGGAGAGCUCCCGCUGGCCGCUGUGCAUUGAUCCGCAGGGCCAGGCCAACAAGUGGAUCCGCAACAUGGAGUCCUCCCGCCACCUGCUGGUGCUGAAGCCCGCAUCCGACCCCAACUACCUGCGCUCGCUGGCGGCCGCGCUGCCGGUGGGCACCCCGGUGCUGCUGGAGGGGCUGGGCGAGCGGCUGGACGCGUCGCUGGAGCCGGUGCUACUCAAACAGACGUUCAAGAGCUCCGGGAUACAGUGCGUCAAGCUGGGCGACCAGAUUGUGGAGUGGGGUGCCGGCUUCCGACUCUACAUGACCACCAAGCUGCGCAACCCGCACUACCCGCCCGAGGUGUGCACCCGCGUGGUGCUGCUCAACUUCUGCAUCACCCCCGCGGGGCUGGAGGACCAGCUGCUGGGCAUCGUGGUGGCCAAGGAGCGGCCGGAGCUGGAGGAGGAGAAGAACAAGCUCAUCGUGACAGGCGCCGAGAACGCCCGCAAGCUGGUGGAGAUCGAGGACCAGAUCCUGGCGGUGCUGUCCGCCAACCAGGGCUCCAUCCUGGACGACGGCGAGGCGGUGGCGGUGCUGCAGGCAGCCAAGCAGCUGAGCGCGGAAAUCGCAGUACGACAGCAAGAUGCAGCCAAGACGGAGCUGGCCAUUGACAAGGCUCGCACCGCCUACCAGCCCAUCGCCAAGCACGUGUCCGUGCUGUACUUUUGCGUGGCGGAGCUGCUCAACAUCGACCCCAUGUACGCCUUCUCGCUCAACUACUUCAUCCAGCUCUUCCUGCGCUCCAUCGAGGACAGCCCGCACCACAACGCCGUGCCGCGCCGCCUGGCGCUGCUGCAGGAGCACUUCACCUUCUUCCUCUACGUCAAUGUGUGCAGGGGCUUGUUCGAGAAGGACAAGCUGCUGUUCGCCUUCACGCUGGCCGCCAGCAUCCAGGUGGCGGCGGGCAAGCUGGCGCCGGAGCAGCUACGCUUCAUGGUGACAGGCGCCCUCUCCAUGGACAACCCGCACCCCAACCCCUCACCCAGCUGGCUCAGCGACCAGGCCUGGUCGCACGUGUGCGAGCUGGAGGGCGUGUCCGAGGUGUUCACGGGGCUGCGUGAGAGCUUCGCCACGCACAACGCCAAGUGGCACGAACUGUACGACAGCCCCGCGCCGCACCAACAGGAGCUGCCUGCCAGCUUCCAGGAGCGCUGCGACGCCUUCCAGCGGCUGCUGCUCAUGCGCUGCCUCACCCCCGACAAGCUGGUACCCGCAGUGGCGGCAUUCGUGGCGGGCAGCAUGGGCACACGGUACAUUGAGCCGCAGGACUUCAAGCUGAGCUCCAUCUUCGCGGACAGCUCCUCCUCCGUGCCCAUCGUGUUCGUGCUGUCACCCGGCUCCGACCCCAUGGCGGACCUGUUGGCGUUCGCCGAGGACAGGCGCAAGCAGGUUGAGGCAGUGAGCCUGGGACAAGGCCAGGGCCCCAUAGCAGAGCGCAACAUCGCGCAGGGCAUCAAGGAUGGGCGAUGGGUCGUCCUGCAGAACUGCCACCUGGCCAAGUCCUUCUUGCCGCGUCUGGAGCUGCUGUGCGAGCAGCAGCUGACGGAGGGCGACGUGAACCCCGACUUCCGGCUGUGGCUCACCUCCUACCCUUCCGACAUCUUCCCGCAGUCCAUUCUAGAGAACGGACUCAAGAUCACCAACGAGCCGCCCAAGGGGCUCAGAGCAGGCAUGGAGCGCAUCUACAAGAGCGAGCCCAUCUCCGACAAGUCCUUCUUCGACGGCGCCAUCCGCCAGCCCGAGGCGUUCAAGCACCUCAUGUACGCGCUGGCCUUCUUCCACUGCGUGGCGGUGGGCAGGAGGAACUACGGCCCCGUGGGUUGGAACAUCCCCUACGCCUUCAACGAGAACGACCUGCGCAUCAGCCUGCGCCAGCUGCGGCUCUUCCUGGACGAGCACGACUCGCCGCCGCUGCGGAUGCUGGUGUACACGGCCGGCGAGUGCAACUACGGAGGCAAGGUGACUGACGCCAAGGACCGGCGCACGCUGAUGACGCUGCUGGAGGUGUACUACCGGCCCCAGGUGGCGGCGGGGGACGCCAAGCUCACACCCAGCGGCACCUACACCAUCCCGGAACUAGGGGACUACGCGCACUACCUGUCCGUGCUGACCCGGCUGCCGCUGGGCGAGGCGCCCCCCGAGGUGUUCGGACUGCACCCCAACGCCACCAUCAGCCGGGACCUGGCGGAGGCGCGGCAGCUGCUGGAGGGGCUGGCGCUCACCACCACCUCGCUCACGGCCACCAGGCAGACGGAGGAGGCGGGCGAGCAGAGCGACGCCCAACCCCGUGUCAACAGCGGCGGCGGCGCUGAGGCGGGUGGCGGCGGGGCAGCCGGCGGCGCCCACCAUGGUGGCGGCGGUGGUGGCGGUCUUCGCUCCCUCGCCGCCGAGCUCAGUGCCAAGCUGCCCCCCGACUUCGACCUGGAGGCGGCCGCCCGCAAGUUCCCGGUGACCUACCUGGACUCCAUGAACACGGUGCUGGUGCAGGAGCUGGGGCGGGUCAACGUGCUGCUGCAGGUGAUCCGUGUGAGUCUGGAGGAGCUGGGUCGUGCACUGCUGGGCGAGGUGGUGAUGAGCGGCGAGCUGGAGCGUGUGGCGCACGCGCUGGGUGCGGGCAAGGUGCCGGAGCUGUGGCUGGCCAAGUCCUUUCCCAGCCUCAAGCCGCUGGGGCCCUACGUGAAGGAGCUGCUGGAGCGCGUGGCGUUCUUCGACACCUGGCUCAACAACGGCCCGCCGGUAGUGUUCUGGAUCAGCGGCUUCUUCUUCACGCAGGCUUUCCUGACCGGCGCCAAGCAGAACUUUGCUCGCAAGCACCACGUGCCCAUCGACCUCAUCGACUUCCAGCACCUGGUGUGCGACGGCCCGGACGACGUGGCCGCAGCGCCCGAGGACGGGGUGCUGUGCAGCGGCAUGUUCAUGGAGGCGGCGGGCUGGGACCCGGUGGCGCACCAGCUGUGCGAGAGCGAGCCGCGGGUGCUGUUCGUGCAGCUGCCGCCCGUGCACUUCCGGCCGGCGAGGGUUGGGGAGGAGGAGGAGAUGGUGCAGCUUCCGGAGGGCAUGGUCAUGUACACCUGCCCCCUCUACAAGACCAGCGAGCGACGCGGCGUGCUGUCCACCACGGGCCACUCAACCAACUUCGUGUGCGACGUCAGCCUGCCCUCCGCGCAGCCGGAAUCGCACUGGAUCUUGCGAGGGGUUGCGCUCUUGACAUCACUUGACUCGUGACAGCGCCGUGACAUAGUUGUGAGCUAGUCGCGCCGUGACCAAUAGGAUAGCGUGCGAAAUCCACUUUAGACGACAGGCUGACAGGGCAGACACCCGCGUGCAUAUACCGUAUUUGCUGCCGAGUGGGCAGUCCGGGUCGACAUUUUAAGACCUCUUGAUGGACAUGGCUGCAUUAACACCGCUAUUUUAUUCUUGUUCUGGACUUGUGAUCUUGAAUUGCCAGAGGGCAGUUUGCCCAGUUGAUCCUGGGCAAGAAUUGGAUAACCCGUCGGGAUUGUACCAGGACAGGUGUUUUACCUAGCGUAUUACAUGACACUGGUCGUUGCCAGAAUCUCGUGAACCGGCAUUUCCUUUGCCCUUGCUUCCUCCAUCUGAGGCUUAUAGCGCUGAGGCAGGUUCCCUUGGGUUGGAUGUUGCAGGUGAUCUUCCCGAUCACCUGUUUGUGAUGGCAGGCAGUGUAAGUACAUAGUAUAG